GUACGGCUUCGUGCAUGCUGCGCAUGCGAGGCAAAUUGAACACAGCGCGCAGUCGCAGUACCUGAGCUACCAAGCCGCUCUUUGAGCUUGUAGUGAAUUCAAUGAUUGAUGCUUGGCCCCGUUUAUCCCCGGCUUUACUGGCCACGCGACAAACUGAAGCGACAGCCUAAAGCUCUAAUCCUUGAGCUGACGCUUGCAGGGCGAUGUUUGCACGAUGAAAAGCUAUGAUGAAACGCUAUCCAUUCUGUAGUUAUGAGCGCUUCACAAUCGCAGAAGCCUGCGUACUUCAGCGGCCUGGCCUUCGUUGUUCAUCUAGAUGGGCCCCAGCUUCGCGGCUACCCACCAGAUAAAGAGAGCUAUACCCAACGACUCAGAAAGAAUGUAAUAAGGAUAAUAUGUUCCCAUGGCGGAAACAUUAUAGGAUUGGACGACGAGUAUGUCGAGGGGGCUACACAUGUCAUCGCUACUCACGAGCAGCAGCAACUUGUGCAGCAAGCUCGCCAGGCGCAGAGCCAGGGCGCGGAUGUGCUGGUGUUCGGACCGCAGUGGGUGCUCUCCUGCAUAGAAUAUGGCGGCUUGGUCACAGAAGACUUGGGUCAGGAGUGGGGCGUGCUGCCAGGUCCUCGAGACCCGGGCGUCCCGGGCUUCAGCGCCUAUACAAACCACAUCAGGGUGUCCGGCAUACCGGCGGACAUGAAGGACCUGCGCAUGCUGCUGUUCUUCUGGGUUGAGAACAUGGGCGGCAUCAGCGCGGAUGAGACGCGUGCGGGCCUUACCUCGCACGUGCUGACGUACAACUCGCACGUCUUGACGCCGCAGCAGCAGGAGCUGCAGGAGAGGCAGCCCCACAUCCGCCACGUCAACUACGGCUGGCUUCUGAAGUGCCGCCACACAUGGAGCCUAGUGGACGAUGAGCCCUUUCUCCUGCGGCCGGCGGAUCCGUACGACCAGCAGCAACCAUACGACCCCCAGCAGCCGUACGACCAGCAGCAGCUACCGCAAUCCGGCGACGAACCGCCAUCGCUGCUAUCGUGCGAGCUGCACCCGCAGCAGCACCAGCAGCAGCAGGGGCAGGAGGGGCAGGAUACGGAGCCAGGUCUCCCGCCGGGGCCUUGCUCUUGGC